UAUGAUUGCGUCACAUAAAUGUCAAUUUGGUGACAUCAAAUAAAAAUUUUACAAUUUAUCAAUAUAUUAUAAUUUUUACAUGGAUAUAUUCAUUUACGACGGAAGACGCCGCAUCCUGAUACCGAUUUAAUGUCAGGAUUUAAUGCAGUUAUAUAUUUUAAAAUUGACAUUAUUGUUUCUAUCGUUUAUCCAAGUAGUUAACAAUAGUAGCAGUGUAGAAAAUAAUGGAAGCCAUGAAGUAUUUGACGACGUUGCUGAUUUUGCUGAUAUCACAGAAGGCCAACAAAAGGAGCAACGAUUUGAGAAAGCCAAUGAUCUUUCUCCAAGAUAUUCUAUAAGCAAGGAAAAUAGUGAAAGACAGUUUAGUUCAAAAAAGCAACGUUCAUACGAUAGAUCUAUAGAUGAAAGUGCAUUAAACGAAAAGGUGAUAAAUAUAGGGGGCCGUAAGGUAGAUAGUCCAGACAGAUUCUAUCCACUUGAUAUUAAGCAGACAGCAAAGGUAGUAAAAAUUCCACAGAGAACAUUGAGACUUAAAAUUUAUCACAAGAACCAACAAAAUAAUCGGGAGCAAAUGCUAAAUCAUAACGAAGAAAGUAAAUUUGAUAAUUUUCAAGUUUCUGGGAGCACGAAAGAUACACAUGAAAAAUGUAACUAUGACGAUGACCUUUUUGCCAUUCCUUUAUUCGAAAGUGCCGUCAUUAAUAGGCUUCUCGAACAUAAAAACUUUGAAUCAUUGCCAAUAAAAUACGUUGUUAAGUCUGUAAUUCCUAAUUAUGAAAAAGUCGAUAAACUUGACCGACCUGACAUGCAAAAGUGCUUAAGAACUUAUCUGCAAAGAAAGAAGAGGGAGCUGAAACUUCUUAAAAAAAGAAAAACUACGAAAAAAAGGAAAAAAAAUAAACAUAAAAGGAAGAAGAAGAAGAAAAAACAACAAAAAAAGAAAAACAGAAAAGUCAGACGUAAGCGCCAAGACAAGUUAAUUAAAAAUAAUAAUACAGAAGCUCAAAUAAGUAAUAUGAUUGGAUACAUAGAUAAAAACCAAUCGUUUAAUGAGUCUUUUACUUUUAUGCCUUUAUUCUUUGGCACCGUCACAAAGGCAGAUGGAAAAAUAUUAUUAGCUGGGAUAAGACAAAAUGCUUCGGAGGAUGAAGCACUAGUUUUACAUAAAAUCUUACACAUUGAUCCAGAUCAUCUUGAAUCUGCUAUCGGAACGUCAUCCCACACAGAUGAAAGCAAAAUCAUAUUGGGAUCUGUAUCUCUUGAAAUCGCUACAGCUGCAUUAACACCCGGAACUACACCUCCAACGUCUGGAGAUCCAGUAAAGUAUAAUUUGAGUAUGAAUUUAAAUUCUCCUGAAGUGAAGCAAAAAUUAGAGGAAGUAAUGCAGAGACAACAAAAUAUUAAAGGCUACGAGACAACACAUAAAGUUAAAAGAGAAGCUUCAGGAAUAGCCUCGUCAAGCAGUAUGCAAUCUACAGCAGGAUCGAUAAGAUCAUUUAGCGUUGAAAAAGAAACUUUAGGUCUUGUGGUCCCGAGUCCUUCUCCAAAUGAAGCUAGUAUAAUGCCUGGCAUUCUUAUUUACGCAAAAAGUGCAAAACAGAAAAAGAGAUUUGCAAAAUAUGAUGUUGAUGCUAUAGGAGUUAUUGAUAGUGCUGCUGACAUUUUAAAUCAAAACGAUAUUAAUACUAUUAUGCGAUCUGCUAAAGAUCAGCCAAAAAUUCAGCUUGUCGAAAAUAAGCAAACAAUAGAUUGCAAAUCAAAUAAAUGUAAUGAGGAAUCUCAGAAUAUUAUAGAUGCACUUAAACAACCUAAUCAAAAUUCACCGAAUACAAAUCAAUUUCAAUCACAAUUGAUUUUCAGUACCUCAUCAAAUCUUAUACCUAAAGCGCCUAUUCAAAUUAAUUCAGAAGAGAAGCUAGUCGAUCAAAAUAUCCCAGAAAAAAUUGCCUCAGACUCACAGCUAACCAAAGAAAAGCUAAGGAAGCUUAAAAAAGAUCUAACGAUUGUAAAAGAAAUUCAGAAAAUAUUUAAUAUUGUUGCUAAUACUAGAAAAAGAGAGCGGAAAAGAAAGCGAUCUUUUAAAAAUGUUGAUCGUAUUACAAAAGCUGCAAUGUUUCAUAAAAGUAAUAAGUACGAUGGAGUAUUGAAUAGUCUAAUAAAAGCAAAAGUUUUGCAAAGAAAUAGAAAGGGCUCAGAUAAAAUCACCCAAUUAUUAAAUUUGGAAGAAAAAAGGUCUCGUCGUUUUUUAGAGAUAAGUUAG